CCGCAUCCCGGACGCUUCCUGUGGCUCCCUGCAUCCGGCGGACGGAGCGACGCUCAGCUGCCAGAGCUGGUCUCCACUGCCAGCCCUGCUCGGUGCUGCCCGCGGGCCCGCCCCGCGUGCCUCCACCCAGGCUUGGCGUAAAAGGAUACAUGUUCACUUCAAGUAGAAAGGAGCAUGUUCCCAAAUUCUUCCAACUUGGGUCGUCCACCCUUCCCUUCAAAGCAUCAGCAACAGAGUAAUUUCUUCAAUGUACUUCCUGUAAAUAUACCUCCUGCUCUUCUUUCUCACCAGCAAACUGUUGUUCCUCCGUUGAAUUUUCGCACUGCAUUUCUUUCUAGAGCUCUUUUGAGUGGGAACCUUGCAGCUACUCCAGCUGUUACUUCAACUGCUACACUGCAACCAAUGACUUAUGGAAAUGUCAAUCCAGUGUCUACGUCAGGUGCCCUCACAUCGUUUCAAGGAAGAAAGAGGCAAAGUGAACAAAGUGUUUCACAUAAUGUCAAACGGCAGCGGAUUGAUUCACAGAAUUCUGACACAACUGUAGUUAACCAAGCCGUGCCUUUACCAGAAGAACGUCAACACUCCUUCCCAGGACCAAUUUCAAUUCAGUCUCCAUCGUUCCUCGCUCGUGGCUCACCAGCUUUAGCUAGAUGUGUCCCUCCGUUGCGAGAUACUUUGUUUCCAGACCCUACAGAAGCCAGGCUCCCUCUGGCCAAAGAUGCGUUAAGUCAACAGGUUUUGGAGUUGUUUCAAGCAUGUCGACAACAGGCCUCUGAUUUGAACAGCAAAGAGCUCUGCAGAACAGAACUCCAGAGAGAAAUUCAGCUAAUUUUUCCACAGAGCAGACUUUAUUUGGUUGGAUCCUCUCUGAAUGGAUUUGGCACUCGUAGUAGUGAUGGUGAUUUGUGCCUGGUGGUUAAAGAAGAACCAGUGAAUCAGAAGACUGAAGCGAGACGUAUACUCAGCUCAGUUCAAAAACUCUUCAGUACUAAACUUUCAAGCUACAUUGAGCGACCUCAGCUGAUUAGAGCAAAAGUGCCAAUAGUGAAAUUCAGGGAUAAAGUCAGUAGCUAUGUGGAGUUCGACUUGAAUGUAAACAAUGUUGUAGGGAUAAGAAAUACAUUCCUUCUGAGAACCUAUGCAUUCAAUUUCCCUUAUUCCUUUCAGGAAAUCACUGCAAGGCAGAUGAGUCCAGAUGGGAAAAGAGCGGUGGAAGGGGUCCUAGUAUCCCACCUUGGUGCCCACUUUUUUGAGAAUCGAGUUCGUCCAUUAGUACUGGUUAUUAAGAAGUGGGCAAAUUUUCAUGAGAUAAAUGAUGCCAGUCGUGGUACUUUAAGCAGCUACAGUCUUGUGCUGAUGGUUUUGCACUAUUUACAGACCCUACCUGAACCCAUCCUUCCAUCCCUCCAGAAAAAUUACCCAGAAUGUUUUGAUCCUACUAUGCAGUUGCAUCUUGUUCAUCAAGCUCCAUGUACCAUUCCUCCUUACAUCUCAAAAAAUGGAUCAAGCCUUGGAGAUUUGCUAAUAGGCUUCUUCAAAUAUUAUGCCACAGAAUUUGAUUGGAGCCAUCAAAUGAUUUCAGUUCGUGAAGCCAAAGCUAUUCCAAGACCUGAUGGUAUUGAAUGGAGAAACAAAUUUAUUUGUGUAGAAGAACCAUUUGAUGGGACAAAUACUGCUAGAGCUGUACAUGAGAAACAGAAGUUUGAUAUGAUCAGAGGUGAAUUUACACAGGCUUGGCAGGUAUUACGAGAUAAGAAAGACCUGAAAUGUAUAUUACCUUUAAGAGCAGACGAACUGAAAAGAUAACCAACUUCUUUCACUUUCUUUUUUUUUUUUUUUGAUCCUGCUGAAACAAAGAACAGUAUCAAAAUCAGGAGGCAUCUACCCCAUGGCUCUUUACAACCUGUUUUUCUCUAUAAACUUUUGUUAAGGAAAUGUUUAUUAUAAGGAUGUGACAUAUUUUAUUACCGACAUUUGUUAAUACAGCUGUUCAUUCAAAGAUAUGUUUUCUGAAAAUGCUUGUAUUGCUGGCUUCUAGAAGAAACUCACAGCAAACAACAAGAAUAAAUCUAUUUCAGGGAAAGUAUGGGGAUAUAUUGACUUGUUGUUUGCAUAAUCUGUGUAGCCAUUAAUUCAGACAGAUUUAACAAUGAAACACUAGACAUUCAAAGUUAAUCGGUGUGCAAAUCUGACUCCAUCCUUAAGGCACUGUGCACAGUACCCACUUCUUGGUGAACAGAGAGCCCAUGCUUUACAUCUGCUUAAUUUUAGUAAGCACUUUGGUUUGACUUGGCACUUUCCAGUUUUAUUUCACUUGGAAUAGCAAGUGACUGUUUAUAAAAAUGAAGCUAGAUUAUGGUUGGUAGUGUUCUGGAUAUUAAGAACUGUAAUCUAAACUGGAAUUUUCCAGCAACAUUUCUAUUAUGAAGAAGAUGAAAUAAAAAAGCUCAAUUCAAUAUACGUAAAUACUUCAGAUUCACACAGAGUAGGCAAAAAAAAAUUUUGUGCUUCCUUUUACAUAUUUGAAGUAGUAGUGAUGCCUGCUUUGGAGAAAAAGAAAAAGACCAAAUCAAAACACCUCUCAACCCUACCAAUGCUACAAUAAGCUGGACUUCUCAUUUGAUUUUGUGUAAAUAUUUUAAAUUGGUCAGCCAUUGUAAAUUGAAUUUAAAUAAGUAAUGUUGAAAAUUUGAGCUCUUCCAAAAAAAUAGCACACCCUCUCUUAGACCUAUUGUAGCACAAUUUCUGCCUCUCAUGUAUUUGCUAUUGAAGACCAAUUAGUUGUUAAAACUAUACUUACCACUGAUGUCAAAUUCAUACUUCCAUUUUUUUAAGUUAAUAUUUUAUAUGGUGUCCAGUGAGAUAAAAGUUUAUAUAUGGAAGAUACAGGUUAUUUUUCCAGUUUCUGUUAUUUUGUUCUGCAUAUUUAAAAUAUUUCCUAUAAUUAAGUAGAAUAGGAAAUGGCCAGUAAGGUAGGGCCCAUGUUGCAAAUCAUAAACAUCUAUUAUGGCUAUUUUGCAGUGCAUCUGUGAACAGGUAAAAGUUUAAUUUAUUGCAUUCACUAAUAAUAGUGCAACAACCCCUAUAACUGUAAAAUAACAAGCCUUAUCACUUCUCGUGCAAACUUUAAAGUUCUAGUUUAUUUCAAAGUUCUAGGAACUGUAAACUAUUUGCCUGAUGUGUGAUUACUUCCUGCACACUUCAUCAUAGUCUAGUCUCUAUAGGAUUUGGCUUGCUUUUUAAAACACUUCCUUCGGUAAUUUGAACAGUCUUUCACUUUUAAUCUGACUCUAUCAGGCCACUGAAACAUUUUCCCUCCAUGUGGAUAUUCCCUCUCUCAGCCCUUCCUCUAAAGGGUGGGGGACUUGCAUCUCAGUGAAACAUUCACUCUGAUCUGCUUUAUGUAAAACUGAAGCACAAGAUUUUAGGACAGGCUGAUAUCUGGAAUCAAAGAUGCUCUACAAGCCCUAGGUGGACUUUGGGGAAAGGGGAGGGCUGCUUCUUGUUUUAAAAAUAUGUUGGCUGUAUCUUUGUCUAGAAAAUUUAAAACUGUCCCAACGUAGGAUAAGCAAGAAGGGACAUAUAUGUUCAAACUUGGCAAAAAUGUAUUUUAAGUGGGCUGGAUGUCAGGCACAAAAUUUUGUGUUUCUUACAAGUUUGCAUUGCAUCGCCUAAUGUGUCAACAUUUCUUACACCUUAAAUUAAUGCUCUGUGUUUGAAACCACUUCCCCCUAAAUGUUUUUAAAAAGUUAGUAAAAAAAUGGUAAUACCUACAUGCAACUCUGUAAAAAUUUACAAGUCAAGGUCUGUAUGUGUCUUUCAAAAGAAUUCUUUUGUGUUUUUCUCUGAAGUUGAUGUACUUCUGAUAAGCUACAUCUGUAAUCAGAAAUAUAAACUCUAGAUGGUUGAUUUCCCUAGUUGUUUGAGGACAAGCCUGUUUAUAGCAUAUUUGUUAAAUGGUGGCUGCAACUUUUUUCUGAAAACUUCUAAUAUAAUACCACAAAAUAAAUGGUUUGGGGAGAGUGGGUAGGAACUGAACUUUAACUUUGAUUCAGUUCUGCUUAGUCUGAAGUUGUUCAGAGGUUUAAUGACUUGGAUUUUCAUCUACUCUGGGCAAAUAUCCAGAGGGAGAAAUUGGGUAAUGGCUAUCAUAAAUUUUAGUGUUAGUGUGAAGUUUUUCCUUCUCCUCAGCUUCAAAAUAAAAACUUUCACCCACUUAUCUCUUGGCAUACACCCUAGCAGGAAUAUUUUUUUCUGAGAAAUAUUUGGUAAAAGGUGUUUUUCAUGGCUGACCAAGGUUUCACUGGGUGUGCAAGAUGCUGUCUUUGAGGUUUGUAACUGCCUCAAAAUAAAAAUGCUUUAGUUCAACUCUUUGUUAUUUUAGGACUGUUCUUUUCUACUCAUUUUGGCAUUGGGUUUGCUUGUCUUUUCUCACCUUAUAUGUUAGAAACCACUAGUGUCUUCUGUAGGAAUUUAAGAACUCUCUUCAGUCCUCCAGGAGUACUUUUAAUGAACAGGCUCGGAGGUGCAUGGGAGGACCAAACGUUAACAAGAGCUUCCAUUUUGGUGACAGAAAUGCAGAACUGGCAUAGGCUGUAAACUGUGAAACUUAAAGUUUCUCUUCUAGCUCUUGUUCUCACUUUUCAUAAAAUGUGAAUGUGUAAGUGUACUCUCAGUACCUUAAGGUAUUCUGGCAGUAUAAGGGUUUAUUUUUUUUGAAAAAAGAAAUCAAUAUAAAUAAAUUUUAAGACUCACAUUAUGGGGUGACAUGAUCAUUUUGGAGAAAUGGGCAGCCAUAAUAAAAGGAUGUAAGGUGAUUUGUAGAAAAUCUAAAGUUAGUAUUUGUGAAUACCAUCCCAAGUGCUUCUUUGGAACCAGUGUUUUCCUUAUACUUGGGUCAUUGGACAGAAUUCACAGUAUAUUUGGUGUUAAAUUUAAGUCUAUCAGCGAAUGUCACUCUUGGUUUAUUGGACUCUACUUGCACUGGGUUGUCUUGUAUUUUGUAGGGGUUUUUUUGUUUGUGUUGUUCUCUGUAAUUAAUCCUUGUGUGUUCUGAUAUAAAUCUUUCCUUCAUUGAUUUUACAGAGUAUGAUGCUUGUAGGAAAAGCGUGAAAAAAUACACUAUUUUUGGUCAAUUUACAGGACAAUUUAACUUGUGAGAAGUACAGAAGGGAGAGCACUAGGUCUGGAGAUAAUUUGAAGGGGUUCUGGUAAAAGAGUACUCACCUUUCUUUUACUGUGCUGAAGACUGAAUCAAAACUUGUGCUUAAUAUAUAAGCAUUUCUAGAAAAUUUGUAAUGCUCUUGCCUUCCACUUGUAAAGAAUGUGAAGUACUCUACCUUAAAUUUCAUUGUGCUGUGUACACUGUCUGUGCUCAUGAUAAAAUGUAGUGUUUAAUUUAGUUUAAUAUUCAUUUCAAAUACACUUUUCAAAAAAGUUACAUUCUCACCUUGUAAAUUGUGUAUGUGAAUGGGUAGGUCAAGGGAGCACAAAGAUUUUGCCUGUCUGUAUUGUUUUGAAAUGUUGGGGGGAUUUUAAUUUACCUUUGCAGAGAUAGCUUGUACUCAGAAAUACCUGGUUGGGUGUUUCUAUACUUAUAGCACAAGGAAGAAUUUCCUGACUGAUUUAUAACCACCUAUUUAUUUGAAGAAUGGUAAAAAUAAUGGGGGUGUUAGGGUUAUGCUGUGUAUACAGUGGUUUAUACCUGAAAUACCUUGGAAGUUUGUUAUUUAGAAUCAGAGGUGCUUUUCCUCCUCUUCUGAAAAUAUUUUUGUUUAAUUUGUCACUAAUUUGGUUGGUACAUGUUGGAAAUAUUUCCAUUUUGUCUGUGAAAAGCACUGCAUUUUGUGUAAAAUGCAGAAUAAUAAAGCGUAAAUGUGGCUUAACCUAAA